GGCUGGGUCAGCCAUACCAGUCCUGUCUUCCAACUCCCUCACACCACCUGCCUAACCUAAGCUUUGUCAUGUUGCUGCCACUGCUGGGUGCCUGUGCUGUGGUGGGGCCAUUCCAGGGCUCUGAAUGGGAGCCAGUACAGGACCUGCUCUCUGAGGAUCGCAGCUGCAGGGACCCUCGGUGCUGCGGCAACCUACUCAUCUUCUGCCUCUUUCUGAUCUGGCAGGUCCAGCGGUAUUGGCGCCAGGUCACCAGGAGCCAUCUCAGAAUGAAGAAGGUCAUCAAGGUGCCACCACAGAAGUGGGCAGUGCCCUCCAGGAGACAUGACACUUGUUUUGGUCUGAUCCAUGAAUUCUUCAGUCCUGGCAAGUUCAGGGGCCUGGAUGCUCAUAUCCAACAAUGGGCACAAAAGAAGAGAUGGGAAUACCAGAGGAGCCUCCAGGAAUCAUGGACCAAAUACCUGUUCUCUUGGCAGCACUCAGGUCAGGACUCACCUUGGGAUUUCUACACCCCUUCUGAGCCCAUCUUUUGCACCACCUCCUUUUCAAGCACCUGUAUGCUCCCUCAGGACAGUUCUUGGGAAGCAUGGCAGGUACCCUGGUGUCUCAGUGAUGACCAGACUCACCCGAUUUGCAAGCCACUGCCCCCUGCCCUGGACAUGUACCAAAGGAUGGAGCAGCUGCUGAUCCACUCCCAGGAAGAACUGGUGCCACUGGAGCAUGUUGUCAGCAUGAGAUCCCACCCUACCUCCGUGACUUUAGCCUCUCUCCCAAACCUCCCUUCAGCUCAGAGGCUGCAAUUCCGUUCCAGAGAGUUCCUGCCUGUUCCUUCCAACCAACAAGUAGGAAUGCCCAUCUGGAAGUCCUGGGGCUGCCCCCAAGAGGCCUGGGCACAAAGGAGGGAAAACCAAACACUAGGCAGAGAGGAUAGUAGAGAGAUCCAGAUUCCAGGGUGGGUGAAGCAGAGAGAGAGCAAAGGGGAGGAUGCUUGGGAAAUGCAGGCAUCUGGAAGGCAACUUCCAAUAAAUGUUAGGAUGGAGGACAAUGCAGAGACUAAGGUCCUGGAGCAGGAAAGCCAGAAACUAGCAAUAAGAAAAGCUUAUGGAGAGAUCCUGACACCAGGUUGGGAGAACCAGGAGCAGGUGGGAUUUGAGAAUAGAGCCCAAAUUCAGGAACCAGGGAAGAGAAACCAGAGGGAGGCUGGAGGCGAAAAUCCUCCUGAAACUUGGACACAUAGAGGAGAGAACCAGGAACAGUUAAGAUGUAAAAUUGAUGCAGAGACCCAAAUACCAGAGUGGGAGAAACAGGAUGGGAGUAGAAAUGAAGAUGCUGUAGAGACUCAGGUAUUUGAGAAGAAAAAGAGAGAGGCCAGAGGGGAGGAUGAAGGAGAGACCCAGGCCCAAGGAUUAGGUAAGCAGGGCCAGACUGGAAGUGAGAAUGGUGAGGAGACCCAGGUGCCAGGGUGGCAAAAAGAAGACCAGCUUAGAUGUGAUACUGGUACAGAAAUUCAGGCAGAAGAGAGGAGAAACAAGGACCAGGAUGGAGGUGAGACUGUUGUGCAAACCCAGAUAUCUGAGAGGGAGAACCUGGGAGAAGUAAAAAAAGAGGAUGGCAUAGAGACCCAGGCCCUUGGGUGGGGAAAACAGAAAUGCAUUGGAAGUGAGGAUGUUACAGAGAUCCAGACAUCAGGGUGGGAGCAGCAGGAUCAAGGUGGAAGUGAGAAACCUGGGAAGAUCCAAGCAUCUAGAGGAAAGAUCCAGAAACAACUAAAACAUGAACUUCGAGUGGGGUGGGGAAACCAAGGCCUGAGAAGAGGGGAGCAUGUAGGGGAAACUCAGAUAUCUAGAAGCAAGAACCUCAGGGAGAUAAGAGAAGAGGAUUGGGUAGUGAUCCAGGCACCAUGGUGGGAAGACCAGAGACCAGCAGCAAGUGAAAUUGACAAAGAAUUGGAGAUACCAUGUUGGGGGAAUCAGGACCAGAUUGAAGGUGAACAUAGAGCAGAAAUUCAGGCACUAGAGAAGAGAGACCAGAGAAAGGAUGGAGAUGAAGAUGGUACAAAUACCCUGGUACCUGAGGCAGAGAGCCAGGGGCAAUUAAGAGGUGAAACUCACAUAGAGACCCAUCCACCAGGGAGGAGGAGCCAGGAGCAGUUUGGAGAUGAGAACAGUACAGACAUUCAGGCACCAGGGCAGAGAAAUCUGCGAGGGGUUAAAGGUGAAGAUAGUAAAGACAUCCAAGAACUUGGGAAAGAAUACCAGGGUCAAUUAAGAAGUGAAAUUAAUGCAAAGAUUAAGAUUCACACGCCAAAGUGGAAGAAUCAGGAACACAUUAGAGGCAAAGAUGGUGCAAAUACCCAGGCAUCUGAGGCACAGAACUGGGGAGAAUUAACAAGUAAAACUUAUGGAGAAACUCAUUCAGCAGCAUGGAAGAAAAAAGAGCAAGUUGGAAGUGAGAAUGUUGCAGAAAUUCAAGCUCCAGAGGAGAGAAGCCAGAGAGAAGCUGGAGAUGAGGAUGGUACUGAGACCUGGGUACCUGGGGAAGAAAACCAGAGUCAAUUAAGAAGUGAUAUUGAUAGAAAGACCCAUGCUUCAGAGUGGAAGAACCAGGAGCAGAUGGGAGGUGAGAAUGGAACAGAAAUUCAGGCACCAGAGAAGAGAAACCAGAGAGAAGCUAGAGGUGAGGGUGAUAACGAGACCUGGGUACCUGGGGAAGAAAACCAGGAUCAGUUAAGAAGUGAUAUUGAAAGAAAGACCCAUUUAUCAGAGUGGAAGAACCAGGAGCAGAUGGGAGGUGAGAAUGGAACAGAAAUUCAGGCACCAGAGAAGAGAAACCAGAGAGAAGCUGGAGGUGAGGAUGGGGUAGAGAUCCAGAAACCUAAGAGAGAGAACCAGGGACAAUUAGAUAGUACAAUCGGAGAGAGCCAUUCACUAGGGAGGAGGAACUGGGAGCAGACUGCAGCAAAGAAUGAUGCAGAAAAUCAGAUAUUGGAGAAGAGAAACCAGAGAGAGUUUGGAAAUGAGGAUGAUAGAAAGAUCCAGAGCCUUAGGGGAGGGAACCAGACACUGUUAAAAAGUAAAGUUAAUAGAAAGACCUGUUUAUCAGAGUGGAGGCACCAGGAGCAGAUUGGAGGUGAGAAUGGUGCAGAAAUUCAAAUACAAGGGAAGAGAGGGACCACAGGUGAUGAUGGUACAGAGACCCAGGCUCCUGGGGGAGAUUACCAGGGACAGUUAAGAAGUAAAAUUGAUGGAGAGGUCCAGCUACAAGGGCAAGGAAACCAGAACAAGGGUGGAGAUGAGGAUGCUGCAGAAAUCUGGGACAUAGGGAGCCAGAGAAAGUGCAGAGCUGAGGAUGCUGGUGGGCCUCAAGUUCCAAGGGGAGGAAACAAGGACAAGGUCAGAGGAAAGGAUGCUGCUAAAGGUAAUUUCCAAGUUGACUGUUCAGAGGGUGAGGAGUCCCCAGCUCUCAUUGGCUCCAGAUAUGGGGCCAUGGGACAAGACCAGGCAGUGGCCUCUGCUCCCUGUCCUGAGAUAGAGCCUCUCCUCGACCAGGGUGAACUCUUCUGGCUUCCCAGUGGGGAGGGAGAACAUUUGGCUGUCCAGAGGAUGGCACCUACCAGAAAGCACAGAACGAGGGUCAGUCCAGCCUCCUGGCAGGCCCAACCUAAACCCCGGAGAAGCCGACAAAGGGACAAAGGGGUGGAUCUAGGGAAGGCCUCUGGCCUGACUCAGCGGCUCCAGAACCCACCAUCUCUGGCUGCUCCCCUGGGCCUGCCCUCUGCCUACUCCCCUGUCUCUUGUAGCCAAGCCCCUCAAGCUGCCACAGCUCUGGUGGUUGCUCCUACUGCCCUCACAAUCCUUCCCAAGUGGCCAGUUCUCAAGAAGAGCCAACGACUGCUCCUGGAGUCCCUCAUGCGGCGAAAGAUUGCGCACCUGAAGUGGGGCCUCCCGCAGCGGAUCCUGGAGUCCCAUGUGCUCUUUAAUGUCUUAGAACCACGCCCACUGCCCCUUGCUGAGGUGAGGCUCCCCAAAUUAUACACAGCCUGUGAGCUCCAAGGGCAGCAGGAAAGUCAUUGUGAGGCCCAGGAUUCCAGGCCAGGCCUUAAGUCCCCAGAGAGGUCUCAGAGGGUUCAGCCCCCAGAAAGAAAAAGCUCAAAACUUCCUAUACAGGCCAGAGCUCUGGAGAAGUGUGGAUCACACGGGUCACAGCCAGUGGGCAUUUCCAUCCAUCCUGAAAAGCCCAGGAGAGUCAGGCCACCAGGGGGCCCCAGAGAACCACAGAAAGUCCAGGAAGAGGCUCCUCCUAGGGCCAACCUCCCUGCUCCCAGAAACCCAAGGCCUGCGGCAGAAUCUAGGAGUUGGUGUGGCCAAGAAAGAGCUGGAGAGCCUUCCAGUGAGAAUAGCAGGGGCAGGAAAAUGGUCAGGCCAGGGGUCUCCCAGAUGGCAAAGAGGGAUCCCAGCAGAGUGAGGACCUCAUACUCCAGGAUAGGCCACGACCACUGGAAGAAGGAGCACACAUCCCAGGAGGCCUCUAAGCCCCCCAGAUUCAAAUGUCAGCAGCCCACCCACUGGAGAAGAGGAAGACUGGAGCCUGCAGAGGGCAGAGGGCCUGGGCAGCAGGCUUGCUCCUGUUCCACAGACGCCUCCAGCUUCAAAGGGAGUCUUCACUCUGCUGUAGCGAGGCUGAGCAUGACCCUUCUGGACAAGAUAUCCUGGUCCUCACACCCGGCCAAUCCCCAGCACUCAGCGCCCAACCUGAGCCUGAGGGAUCCUGAUCAUACCCUGCUUCCCAAAGUGGGUGACCCACAUGCAAGGAAGGACAGCAUGGGAGUCCACGCUUCUUUGGAGAGGGAACUUCAGCCACCAGGUCACUGCUGUGCUGGGGCUGCUCUUCCCAAGACAGAGAGCCCCCAGGGUCAAGGGGAAACUGAGAACCCCCAUUGUGCCCCACAAAAUCCACUAGCCUCCAAAAAGUUUGGUUUUAUGAAGCAUUUGAGGUGUUUUCUGCUCCAACAUGGCUUUAGAAAGUAGGUGGCAGACACAGAGUUCUCAGAAUACACCAGAGAAGGCAUGAGAGUGGCUGCUCACCCUCAAAGUCUCUAAUAAAAUUGGUUUUUUGGGUU